UCCCAAGUUCUCGCUCUCCAGCCUCUUUGGUCUUUACCAUACUGCGCUUGUUCAUGUUUUUUUUUCUUUUUUCCCCUUCAGAUCUUAGAGAACGAGCCCCUAGUCACUUCUCAUCAAGAUGACAAAACCUAAGAUUCGGAUAGCUAUCAUCGGUGGCGGGCUGGCCGGAGCCAGUCUCGCCAACGCUCUCGUCCGACACGCACACCUGGAGUUCCACCUAUACGAGUCGGCGUCCGAAUUCUCGGAGCGGGGUGCCGGAGUCAGUCUUUCCAAAACUGCCCAGGGGGCACUUGAGCAUAUAAACCCAGCGGCUCCCGAGAUACUGAGGAAGGCCGGCGCCGUGGCGCAGAAGUCGUCUCGGAAUAUGAUUGGCUCCGGACCCCACGCCGGCGCUGUCGUGUUUGACUUGAUCGCGGACCCCAAACGUCUCGGGCUGACAGUCCAUCGAGCGUCGCUUUUGCGCGAGCUCCUUGCCCCGAUCCCUCAAGAGCGCUUGCACACCAACAAGAAGCUAGACAGGAUCACGCCCAAGUCAAGCGGCUGCGUCGAAGUCGUCUUCCAAGAUGGCGAGUCCGCUCUUUUCGACGCGGUGAUUGGCGCAGACGGCAUUUUCGGCUCGAUGCGGAAAUACGUCCUGGAGGACUUUCCGGACGCGUGCGACCCGUCGCCCGCGGGGUUCUGGGAUUGCAGGAAUGUGGUGCCGUUUGAAAAGGUAAAGGCUGCCCUCGGGGAGCAGUUCUUCGAAACGGACCGGCAGUAUGGAUGGUCUGGUGAUGGGGCGUUUGUGAUCCAUGACGCCCUCGAAGACAGGACUAUGGUCCAAUGUGCGGUGUCGGCAAUCGACAGAGAUCCCUGCGAUGACCGAAAGCAGCCGUUGACGAGGGAGUUCUUGGAGGAAACGCUCAAAAACUGGAUGGAUGGACCGAUCGGUAAGGCGAUUAUCGACCUUAUUCUCGACCAGCCGGAUGCACACAGAUAUUCUCAAUGGGAAUUCAGAUCAACACCAACUUACGCAAAAAGUCGCGUCUGCAUCGCAGGUGAUGCGGCCCAUGCCAUGACGCCGUGGCAGGGCGCCGGCGCCGGCCAAGCUUUUGAGGACGCGAUGAUUCUCGGCACACUCCUUGGCAAUGCCACCACCGCGGUGCAGAUCGAUGCUGCGUUCCGAGCGUACGAUGCUGUCCGAAGACCCAGAGCCCAGCGCAUCGUCGACUCAAGCAGAGAGACGGGAUUGAUCAUGACCGGCCAAGACGCAGAGGCAGGACUAGAUCCGGAGAAACUGAGGCCUGUGCUGAAGUCAAGGUGGGACUUUAUUUAUGGCAUCGAUUUCGUGGCGUAUAAAGAAGAGGCUCUCGUAAAAAUGCGAGAAUUUGAAACGUGUUGAGAUAGACGCAGGCUAUUGGUGUUCCAACAAAAAUUAUCAAUAUACAUAGAUGUUCCCUAAACACCAAAGCUCUUGAGACGAAAGUUGAAUAAUGAUCUUCACUUGUAUGUGCCACCCUGAUAUUGCUGUAGGGCUGUCUUGGCGCUCGUACUUCGUAUUUUAGUCUACCUAUUUUGGGCAUAGGUACCACUUGUACGUACAAGUCAGGGGUUAUGUCCAUUGCCUCAUCAUUCCGCCU